AUGCCUCCAGAACUAACGCGCACGACGUCGCAGGGAAGCAUCGUCUCACAGACGACACAGCACAUGGGUUCCCUCAGCCGUCCGGGCACGGCGGAUCCUAUUCGUGCUCGAUCUGAAAACCUGUCAAGGGCAGCAGCUCGGCGACCUCGGUCGCGAGGCUCGACUGCAAGUAUACAUUCCAGUACCACGCAGCAGACACAAGACCAACAUCUCGAUGUAUUCCCGCAAUUUUUGCCGUCUCAAGUUGGAGGUGGACAACACAUUUUUGGCAACAACCCGGAAGACAUGCUGAUGCGUUUUGGGCAUCACCUAUCACAUCAGCCAAAUGGCGCGCCACUCGACCCCAAUGUUCGAGACACACAUUCGAUGGCGUCCCGACCAGAAGAGUUUCAUGCCCACGGAAUGCAUAGCCACGGCAUUCAUCACCAGGCGAUGUCUGCAGACAUGCCGCAUAGCGCAAUAACUUCUGUCGCCAUGCCCCAAUACCAAGGGAUUUACGACAGUGGAAUAGAGAACCACCUGCCGGACCAUCCCAUCGAUGAGCAGGAAGCGUCGGAACCAGGGGGCAAGAAGAAACGCGGAACUAACUCGACAUUGGCGAACGAUAAUGAGCUUCGAAAAUUGCUGCGUCAAUACGAGGGCUUCACGUUGAAGCAAAUGGCGGCCGAGGUGAUGAAGCACGAGGGAGCAGGUGGCAAGGCUGAGAAAGUGAAGCAAGUGUUUGCUAUGAUCUGGCUGCGAGAGAAUUGCCGGAAAAGUAAUGGCUCCGUGCGACGAGAUCGCGUGUACUGCUGCUACGCCGAGAAGUGUGGCACGGAACGAGUGUCGGUUCUCAACCCCGCGUCUUUUGGCAAACUCGUUCGCAUCAUCUUCCCCAACGUGCAAACCCGCCGUCUAGGUGUUCGUGGCGAAUCCAAAUAUCAUUACGUCGAUUUGUCCGUGAUCGAAGAAAAGCAACAACGGCCAGUAUCCCUCGACGGCCAAGCGGGUCCUAAUCACAAUCAAAUGUCUUCCGCACCGGCACCAGAGAGACCUGCCAGUGGCAUUCGUUCGAGGAGCAUAAGCGUCGCUCAACCGACAGCUGACACAGCUGUCUUUCCGUCACCAACUACCUCAUUUGCCCCUCGGUUUCCAACCAACACAGCCGCCCCCAGCGGUGCCUGUGCAACGCAUUCUCCCAACGCCGCGAUUACCACAGAGAAUGUAUCUCAACAAGCUGCCAGGAUGGUUCAUGAGAUGCUUCAGUUUCCCACUGAUGAUGUGCCAAAUAUUGACAACGAAUCCCUCGUCUUGCCCGACAUUCGUGGCUACCUGCCUGUUACUACGGAUCCUAAAGUUGCAGAUGCUCUUGCCGCUCUGUACCGGUCUCAUUGCAUCUCGGUCAUCGACAGCUUUCGCUUCUGCAAGGAACGCAACCUGCUCAAGUACUUUUCUGCCUUCCAUGGUACCCUCACGGUUCCCGUGCAGAAGCUCCUGACUCACCCCAACCUUGCGCCUUGGAUCAAAGAGUGUGACUGGCUUAUGUACCAAAAAAUGAUAGCCUUCGUGGCACCCCUCACGACUCAGGUGGUUCCAAAGGUAGUAUUGGAUGCCUUCAGCUCCAUCUCCCAGCGUCUCUGCAGUCACAUUGCCGAGACGUUCAAGGCGCAACCUUCACAUGUCUCCGUCGCACGACUCCUUCCUGCUCACAUCUUCUGCCACCUGCUUAAGCACAUGCUGGAUGUCAACCAGUCCGCUAACGCUGCGGCGGCUUGGCUCUGCCAUCCGGAUAAUCGUAACCAGAUGUGGUUCGAUUUUAAAUCGCUUGUGAAUCCGCCAGACAUGAUCAUGAAAGCCAACAUCCCACCUUGUUCUGACAAAGGCGCCGAGCAAAUUCUCAAGCACGACGUUCGAGCUCUUCUCACCCCUGUUAAUGAUACUGAUGCCUCCGUUGGGCUUCCGUUUUUCUCCCAACCCGACGGUCCUGAGGCUAUCGACGCCCACCAGCUCCCUGUGGAAACCUCCACUGGCGACGACUACAACUUCCCCGACAAAUGGAUCGCCUUCAUCCUCAAUCUUCCUCUGGCCUUCCCCAAUCACUCCGCCCAGGGCAUGAUUGAGAAGAUCGAUGCUCUUUGGGACACCAUCCUCCACCGCCUAACUCUUGGUGGAGCUGCCAGUUUCAGCGCCUGGUGGAUGACCAAAGUCUUCUUCCGUGAGAUGAUGAUCUGGCAGGCCGAAAAGGGUGGCUUCAUGCGUAACACCGCGACGUCUCUGCAGAAUCGGACCCUUGGCCCCGAACAGAUUGGCAUGGGAAACUUCCAGGUGAAGCAGAAUCCCAUCGCCCAACCACCCACGUUUGAGACAGUUCGCGGGGCCAAUUCUAAGAUUCCACCCUCUCACAACCAUGGCUCCAUGGGUUCCCGAAGCACACGAGACCAGACCGUGGAGAUCGGCAGCGAGACCAAGGAAAUUCCCAAUGCCAAAGAACUGGCGUUUGCGGAAUCGGGGUUUCAACCCCCUCAUCAUGAUGACAGCGCGAUUGACUUGGAAGACGACGCUAUGCUGAUGGCGGUGGGAAAGUACGGCGAUAUGAUGGUUUCAGAUCCCGCUGAUGCUGAGGGCGAUGUGAUUGUCAUCUAA